UUGAGAUGUGCUGUAGUGCAGACUGCAGAGUAAUUGUAUGCCACCUCAUCAAAUGUGUGUUCUUUGCCAGCAACAAGAAGCCUCAUUUCGUUGUAAUGACUGCAGUGCUUUUGCAUACUACUGUUCUUCAUGCCUUCAAAAUGUUCAUGAUACUACAUGUGUACUACAUACUCCUGAAGAGUGGAAGGAUGGUACAUUUUCCCCCGUUAAUUGUGUGACAUCACUAGAUAUACGUCAUUUGUCGUGUUGUUCUACAAAGAAAGAAACACCUAUAUGUGUGUUGGAUGCAAAUGGGCUGGAGCAUCAGGUAUCUUUAAUACAUUGUACUUGUGAAAGUUUGGUAGUGUCUAUGGCAAGAGUCAGACUGUGGCCAUCUUCUCCUGUGCAGCCAAAAUUUGCUUAUACUUUUGAAUUACUGGACUGGUUUGAAGCCUUGCUACUAGAAUGUCAAGUAGCCUUAAAGGAUUUGUGCUCUGCUUUGUAUUUUAGAUGUCCACACAUUUCUAAAAGAAGAGAGGUAUAUGGUUUUCUUAUUGAUUCAUUUGAAGAAUACAGAUACAUGAAACAUGAAUUAAGGACACUAUCUUUUCUUGAUCAGUUAGACAGUGGCAAUGUUUGCCCUGCCUGUCCUAAGGAUGGUGGUUCCAAAAUUGUAUCGUUGGAUGCCAUUUUUGGCUUACCUAGGAGAAAAAAUGCUGGCAUUAGCUUCAAUGACUCAUUGCAUGGUAAUCUCUUUUUUGCCUGUCAGUCUGAAGUUGAUGAAUUUGUUACAAAUAAUUCGAUUGGCAGUGAAAAUAAUGUAGAAGAAUGUAGUAAUUUCAAGGCAGGUUCAAUGUUAAGAUCUGCAUCACGUUACCAUGCACUGGAUGAAACUGGUGUUUUUGGUGCUGGUUGCAGACAUGAGUUUCCCAUAUACUUUUGCAGUCUAAAACAUGGUGAAAGAUAUGCAUAUUCCAUUUGGAUCAUGGAAAACUUAAUUGGGCAUUCUACGUCUGAACAUCACUUUAUUUAUGAUAUAGCUUGUAAUUUAAGUAGGCAUUUAAAGAAGUGUGGAAGAGAAGACCUUUUAAAGAAUAUUGCAUCAUUGUCAGUGCCUUCCUUUCAUUCAUAUGGCCACACUGCUUCAUGUCAAGUCGAUUUUAGCCCAGUACGAACAGAAGGUAUUGGUUUGUCAGAUGGAGAAGUUAUGGAACGAUUGUGGUCUUUUUUAAGACGCUUUUGUAGGAUGACAAAGGAGAUGAGGCCUUCCCAUCGUAUUAAUGUAUUGACUGAUGCAUUGCUUUUUUACUCUAAUAAACGAACAGAAAAACUUAGUAAACUUUUAGUUUCAAGAUGGUCUAGGGCCCAAAGUACACAUGCAAUUGCUCACCAGAAUUUAGAAGAACUAAAGGCUUCUUUGAAUGCUACUGAAGGUGACAUUUUAAAAUUCAUUGAAGAAGAACGAAGUCUUGUCUUGUGCAAAUCAUCAGACGGUACAAAGGAAUCAAUAAAAUCAAUAUUUGCAAGAAGGAAAUUUUUGUUAGAACUUAAAGGAAAGUAUGCAGAUGGUCAGAAAAUUGCUAAAAAGUUAUCCGCCCAGAUAAAAAAGGAAACAUUGUCACUGAAACGUUUACUAGAAAAGCAUAAAUUAUAUAAGUAUGAAGACAUUAUAAAUCCAAAUUCUGAUUUUUGGGAACCGGUUGAUGUCAUGAAUGUAAGUGCUGAAGUAUAUAAGAUGAGAAGGAGUGCAAUUCAUAAUUAUUUGCUACUUCAACGUAGUGAGGAAGAACUAGAGCUACUUAAACAGGACAUGCUUAAUACUUUACAAUACUUCAAGCACAAGCUCGAGCUCAUUAAAGAAAAUCAAGUCACAAUUAUGAGUGAACCCCAGACCUUGUAUAAUAGUGGCCUUAGUUGCCUUUUGUUAAAAUAUGAACACAAAAUUUUGCUACUGUACAACAAAUCAAAGGAAGCAUUUGCACCAAUAGUUCCUGCGUUACCUUUUUUUGAAUCAGCAUUGAAUAUACAAGUUGAUACAGAUAGUGAUGACACUGACGAUGAAUUUGAUGGGUCAGAGUUUGAAACUGAUAGUGAAUCAGAGUACAUUCUUCAGUUUAACUGUAAUUAA